AUGAGAUGCUCCAACACCACUUUCUCUACUUCACGAAGACGACAAGGCUAUGAGGCAACACUGGAAAAUCUCAAAAUUGGCUCCCAUACCAAAGUUCUGUUUCAAGGAUUUACUGGUAAACAGGCGACAGUAAAUGUUAAGGAAUCAUUGGAGUGGGGCACCAAAAUUGUAGGGGGUGUGAAGCCUGGAGUUGAGGGUGAGCACCUAGGAUUACCAAUAUUCCCAUCAGUGCGAGCGGCCAACGAGAAUGUUAAGCCGGAUGCGACCGCCAUCUACGUACCUGGCAAUCAAACGGCGGCAGCUAUAGAAGAGGCUAUAGAAGCUGAGAUAUCCCUUGUGGUUGCCGUGGCAGAACACGUCCCCAUCCAUGAUAUACUUCGCAUACAUGCCAUACUUAAAACACAAUCUAAAACCCGACUUGUGGGAGCGAACUGUCCCGGAAUCAUCUCUGCCAUUGGCAAGUGCCGCAUCGGUUUUCAACCUCUUUCAUGCUUCUCCCCAGGACACGUGGGGAUUAUUGCGAAAUCGGGAACCUUGAGUUAUGAAGCUGUGGCGUCUACGACAAGGGCUGGCCUCGGCCAGAGCCUCUGCAUUGGCAUGGGCGGCGAUAUGCUAGCAGGAACUAAUUUUGUGGACGCCCUUGGAGUGUUUGAACAUGAUGAUGACACACAUGGUAUAAUAAUCAUUGGAGAAGUUGGGGGCACUGCUGAGCUUGAUGCAGCAGAAUGGAUCAAGAACUACCGCAGAAGAACUGCAAAUCCCAAACCGAUCAUGGCGUUGGUUGGAGGGCUUGAGGCACCCGCCGGCAAGAUCAUGGGACACGCUGGUGCAUGCGCAGGUCCAGGCGAACCGGCUGCCCAAACUAAACUCAAGGCCUUGCAGGAUGCUGGUACCGUGAUUGUAGAUCACCCCGAGAAAUUUGGGCGGGGAAUGAAAGCUUUGUUAAACAACAAUCCCCAACGGCCAGCUUUUGAGGUAAUAAUGCCCUUGCUUCACAUAGGACCAUUCAUACUUACAAAAUACCGCCGAGGCCUCCAUCUCUCACGAGCCCGUUCUCUGUAUCUACUUAAAGAGAACAAUAUUCACGUAUCAGACUCGCUAGGAUCGGGCACAUUCUUCCUUGGAGUUGCGAUUGACCGAGAGACUUGUUCUCCAUGUAUAAUUGCAUCCCCUACCUCUGAACCGGCCACUUACAUAGAAUUUGCCAAGCGGUUCCCCUUUGAUUAUGGAAAAAUGAAAAUUUCCCUCGAAGACAUCUCAUGCAUAUCGAGACACUUAGGUCUUCACGAGACUGCCCAAAAGUCAUUAUUUGAAAUACUGCAGGCUUUGGUGAAUGUUUUCAUGAUCCAAAAAGUCUUUCUACUUGAAACCAGAGUCACUGUCACUACCUGUGGAAACUUGGAAGUCCAGGAUGCAUGUGUUAGUUUCGACCAUGCUACCUAUAAAAACACAAAUAAACGAGAAAACCCCCAUAUAUUCAGAAACAAAGAUCUAGAAACUCCCGAGGAGGCAGAAGCAGAGAAAUCUGGAAUGGUUUAUGUAACGCUUAAGGGCGAGGGGAGUAUCGGUACUCUAGUUAAUGGAGCCGGUUUGGCCAUGAAUACGGUCGAUGCCCUUACCGUUCGCGGUGGUCACUGUGCAAAUUUUCUGGACACUGGUGGUAAAGCUACAGCAAAAAUGGUGAAGUCGGCAUUUCAAAUUCUGCUCUGUGAUCCUCGAGUGAAAGCCAUUUUCGUGAACAUUUUUGGCCGGUUGACAAGAUCAGAAAUGAUCGCAGAAGGCAUCAUCACAGCCUUCCGAGAUUUAAGUGUUACACUGCCGGUAGUUGUUCGAUUGCGUGGCACAAAUGAGGGGCUUGGGCAGAAAAUGAUUGCCGAAAGCAGGCUGCCACUAUACAUUUUCGACUCUUUUGAAGAAGCCGCCGCAAAGGUUAUUAGUCUUGCACAGUCAAGAGAAAAAUAA